CACAGGGGCAGUACUACUCUGUUUCAUCUCACCUUCUUCUACACUAAAAAACCUCGGUUAAGUGAUAGUCAUGGCUCAGCCGAAUACUCUAUCGCCCGCUAAAGUCGAACUUGAGGAUGAUCCUCAUCGCGCUGCGCUGGAGGAUAAUCCCACUACGCAGCCGAAAACGGGAGCCCGAGUAUGGAUUGCAAUCUUUUCAAUGGCAUUAUCCUUCGGACCAGCUGUUGGUCUUCCGUUUGUCUGCGUUGCUAGUAUUGUUGUGCAGAUCACGAAUGAACUUGGCGAUGCGAGCCAACUGCCGUGGGUCGUAGGAGCAUGGUCUCUCUCAACGGCCUGCUCUUUCUCCCUCGGUGGCCCCUUCAGCGAUAUCUUCGGCCGCCGAAGUAUCAUCCUUGCAGGCCAAAUCAUUGUCUUAAUCGGCAACAUUGUGGGAGGAACCGCUCAGAACACUCAAAGCAUAAUUGCAGCCGAGACUCUCGUGGGUCUUGGAGCUGGUUUUGUGUUUGUGGCGUAUGCAGGUGUACCUGAAAUGCUUCCUAACAAAUGGCGAUCUCUCGGCUUGGGCAUUCUUGAGGGAGGAAUUGCUCUUCCUUGGGCCGUGGUAAGCGUUCUUCUCGCCAACGCCAUGUACAAGUACGCUACGUGGCGAUGGCUCUUCUACCUCGCCAUCAUCGUCCAGGCCAUAUCCCUGGCCGGCACAGCCUUGUUCUACUGGCCAACGACUCACCCCCAGGGAGAUUUCGAAAAAUCACGCUGGACUCAGUUCCGUGAGAUCGACUGGAUUGGUCUUGGCCUGUUCACAGCCGGACUCGCUGUGUUCUUGAUCGGCCUGACCUGGGGCGGCACUGCUUCCCACCCUUGGAAGAGUGCCAGUACAAUCGUACCCAUUGUUCUCGGACUAUUUACCAUCGUCGCUGCUUUCAUCUACGACUUCUUCUUCGCCAAAGCUCCCAUGUUCCCUCUCAAGCUCUUCUCUACGAUCCGCGGCUUUCUUCUUGUCAUCGUUGUUUUGUUCAUUUCGGGGAUGAACUACAAUUCCCUUUCUGCUCUGCUGCCCCAAGGUUCUCUUUACAUGUUCACCACUGACGGCAUUGAGAUUGGUGUUCUCGCCCUACCCAAUACUUUGAUGCAAGGCGUCUGUGGUUUUCUGGUCCCUCUUUUCUCUCACAAGAUUGGUCAUAUCAAAUGGCAAUUUGUCGCCGGCACAGCAUUCCAGGCUAUCUUCAUCGGCGCCAGUGCUGCAACCGUCAACCCAAACCAUAAACUCGCCUGGGCAUUUGUACCAGCCUUUGGUGUUCCCAUGUUCGUUCUUUGCACCAUCUUGGGAUAUUCAAUCGCUAGUCUACAUGUGCCCCAUUCUCACCUGGGUCUCGCCAUGGGUCUUCUUGGAACCUUCCGGUCAGCCGGCGGUGCGGUCGGAAAUGCCAUCUUCAACACAAUCUUCCAGGACAAGUUCAAAACCUAUUCUGGUGAAGAGAUCGCUCGUGCUGCCCUACAAAGUGGCCUCAAUGCGACUGAUCUGGGACUCAUCAUCCCGGGAACGAUUCAGCACAACCUCGGUGUCCCUGGUGCCCUCGACGCCGUACCCGGUAUGACUCCGGAAAUCCAGGAUGUCCUUCGCCAUGCAGUCAGAGAGGCGUAUGGCCGCGCGUUUCAGUUUGUGUUUUACAUUACUAUUGCAUUUUCAACUAUUGCCGUGAUUUGCGCCCUAUUCGUGGAGGACCCAACUGCUUUCAUGACAAAUCAUGUUCAGUCUGCUAUGGUCGGUCGAGGUCACAGCGGUGUCGUUGAUGGGGCUGCCCCAGUCACAAGUACAGAUGAUAAGCCCACUGAGAGCCAUGAUGAGAAGAGUGAUGGUAAUACUGCAGGUGGAGUGAAGAUGGCUUGAUAUAUGAGUUGAAGAGGUUGUAAGCGUGCUCAUAUUGUUAGCUCUGGACCGCGCG